AUGAGUUCGUUACCAAAGAGAAUCAUCAAAGAAACUGAGAGACUUGUCAGUGAUCCAGUCCCUGGAAUCACUGCUGUUCCAUCAGAGGAAAACUUGAGAUAUUUCAACGUUACCAUUGAAGGGCCAGAUCAAUCUCCAUACGAAGGCGGUAUCUUCAAGUUGGAGCUCUAUUUACCCGAUGACUAUCCUAUGGUUGCACCUAAGGUGAGAUUCUUGACCAAGAUCUACCACCCAAACAUUGACAAGCUGGGCAGAAUUUGCCUCGAUGUUCUCAAGAACAACUGGUCACCUGCACUUCAAAUUAGAACCAUCUUAUUAUCCAUCCAAGCGCUAUUGGCCGCACCAAACCCUAACGAUCCGCUUGCCAAUGACGUUGCAGAGGCAUGGUUACAGCAUGAGACUCAGGCCAUUGAGACCGCAAGGGAGUGGACCAAGAAGUAUGCUGUGCUAGAAUAG